GUCGUCAAACUUGUAACCUUAGCCUACUGGUAUAUAGUUAUAUAUACUCAACCAAACAUCAUCCUGCCGGAAUAUUAAAAACGGUCGAGUCAUUUUGUUAAAAAAAUUAUUUUGAUAAAAGUUUAUUACUUAAAUCACUAAAAUGUCAGCUAGGUACGAUAGAGCAAUAACAGUAUUUUCUCCGGAUGGGCAUUUAUUGCAAGUCGAGUAUGCUCAGGAAGCUGUGAGAAAAGGAUCCACUGCCGUCGGAGUACGCGGUAACGAUGUAGUUGUCCUGGGUGUUGAGAAAAAGUCAGUUGCUAAAUUACAGGAGGAACGCACGGUUAGGAAAAUUUGUCUUCUUGACGAUCAUGUUGUUAUGGCUUUUGCUGGUUUGACUGCGGAUGCCAGAGUACUGAUAAACCGUGCUCAAAUAGAAUGUCAGAGUCACAAAUUGACCGUUGAAGAUGCUGUCGCAAUAGAGUAUAUAACUCGUCAUAUUGCUGGACUCAAACAAAAGUACACUCAGAGCAACGGACGUAGACCGUUUGGAAUAUCAUGUUUGAUAGCUGGGUUUGAUUAUGAUGGAAGCCCGCAUUUAUUCCAAACAGAACCUUCAGGCAUUUAUCACGAGUGGAAGGCCAACGCAACUGGACGUGCUGCUAAGACUGUAAAGGAAUUUCUAGAAAAAUACUACACCCCAGAAGAAGUAGCCACCGAGCGAGGUUCAAUAAAACUCGCCAUCAGAGCACUUCUUGAAGUAGUAACGUCCGGUCAAAAGAACCUAGAGAUCGCUAUCAUGCGUCGCAAUGAGCCGAUGCAAAUGCUUGACUCAGACACGAUAGGCGAGUAUGUAACUGAAAUAGAAAAGGAGAAGGAAGCUGAAGCCGAGAAGAAAAAACAAAAAAAGUGAUCGAGUGAUGUUAUUUUGAUUAUUUUAUAUAUUUCUCAUUCAUAAAUAAUAAUAAUAAUAAUAAUAAUAAUAAUGUAUUAUUCGGCAUUGCUGGAUAAAUUUA